AUGGAGCACUCGCAGGAGAGAGUGUGCCUGUUGCUGCCGUGGCCCCCCGCACACCCACGGCCUCCCCUGGCGCACCCGGGGGCCCCCUGGACCCCCAAAUUCUACAGGCGUGGUGGACGACGGGCGGAGUCGUGGGGAAAGUCCAUGGACUUCCUUGCUCUCUCAUCAAUCGGUUUCGCUGUGGACCUGGCUAACGUGUGGCGCUUCCCCUUCCUGUGUUACCGCAACGGUGGAGGUGCCUUCCUAUUUCCCUACUUCCUGAUCACAGUCUUCGGGGCCCCGCUCUUCUUCAUGGAGUUGGUGCUCGGCCAGUACAACCGCCAGGGACCCAUUACCGUAUGGAAAGUGUGCCCCUUGUUCAGAGGCGUUGGCUACUGUGCCGUGCUGGUGGCCUACUUCGUCAGUUUCUACUACAACGUGAUCAUCGCCUGGUCCAUCCACUUCGUCUACGCCUCCUUCAGCUACGUGCUGCCCUGGACGUCGUGCAACAACACCUGGAACACCGAUGACUGCUGGGACGGCCUCACCUCAGACGAGCCCAAGCCUAACUCUACUUCCUUGAUGUCACCCUCUGAGGAGUACUUCAAUUACGUGGUGCUACAGAUGGACAAGAGCGACGGGAUAGACGACCUCGGACCGCCCCAGCCAAGCCUCGUCAUCUGCGGCCUCAUCACUCUCAUCCUUUACCUGUCGCUCUUCAAGGGAGUCAAAUCCUCAGGCAAAGUGGUAUGGGUGACCGCGACGAUGCCCUACGUGAUCAUGACCGUGCUGCUGAUUCGAGGGGCGUUGCUCCCCGGGGCUGCUGACGGCCUCCUGUACUACAUCAAGCCGUCUAUCUCGGCCCUCUCCAAGCCGCAGGUGUGGUACGAGGCAGCUCAACAGGUGUUCUUCUCGGUUGGCGCUGGCUUCGGCGUCCAUCUGUCUUACGCCUCUUACAACAACUUCAACAACAACUGUUACCGCGACUGCCUCAUCACCAGUCUCGUCAACGCAUUCACGAGCUUCUACUCCGGCCUCGUCAUCUUCACGUAUCUUGGCUACAUGGCCUUCAAGCAGAAGACAGACAUCGGGACAGUGGCCACGGACGGUCCCGGUCUGGUGUUCCAGGUCUACCCCGAGGCCGUGGCGACGCUCCCUGGCUCGCAGUUCUGGUCGUGUCUCUUCUUCCUUAUGCUGAUCUCCCUCGGUCUCGACUCUGGGAUGGGCGGUUGGAGUGGCGUGAUCACCGGAAUGAUGGACGAACUUGCGCCUAACCUUCCGGAUGGAAGACCAUAAGGAGAGAGUUCUUGCACCGCCUUGGUCGUCACGUCGUCCUUCCUCGUGUCUAUUUUGCUAAUCUGUCUAGGCGGAAUGUACGUGUUUCACUGGCUGGACACGUAUGCUGCUGGAAUAUCGCUUCUAUGCUCAGCCCUAUUCGAGGCCGUUGCUGUUCCUGGACUGCGACGGUUUAGUGCAGACAUCCAACACAUGCUCGGGUUUCGCCCCAUGCUCUACUGGCGAGUCUGCUGGAAGUUCGUGUCUCCGCUCUUCAUCCUUAUCACGAUCGUCAUCGGACUUCAAUCACAAGCCUCCAGCAAACUCGAGUACCACGGCCCAAUACACUACACUUACCCUGCCUGGUCUGAGUCGGUAGGCUGGCUCAUCACCUCGACCUCGAUGUGUAUGAUUCCCCUGUGGAUGAUCAUUACCAUCUGUCGCCAACCAGGGAAUCUCCGGCAGAAACUGUUGCUGAGCAUCACGCCGGAAGCUGAACACCAUAAAAUCCUGGAGACAGGGGAAACUCCUAGUUUCGACUGGAAGCACUGGUUACACGUCUGAGUUCGCUGUCUCGCCUUUACUCACGUGUGACUGCCAAUAACACUUUCACUUACAAACACAAUCCACACUUAGAAAUAUACGGUGGUAUUAUACACAGGAACUCCAACACACGCGCACACGUUAAAAUGCACUGAAACACAAACAUGACGAUGCUAAUUUUACGUUUUUUUCGGGGAUCUACUCAUAUGCUAAUAUUCCCCGAAAAAAGCUCUGAUCACGACUUGGAUAUCUAGGAAACAAUUAAACAUUCCACAAUAUACGUAUCCCAACCUAAUAUGCACGAAUGUGUGUAUGAAUUCUGUCUUACCGCGAGGAAACAAGCGUU